CUGUCCUUUUUAAAUAGCGCGCGCAUCUGACCGGGCAUUAGAGCUCACUAAGAAAGUACUAACCAUUUAUCUUUUAUCAUAGAGGCAAAAAUCUUCCUGAGAUAGUCCAAGCAACUUCCUUAGAGUAUUUCAAGAGAAAACGUGACAUAUUAUUGAGGAAUAAGGACAUUAAACUGCUAUAAUUUAUUGACUUUUUUAUGUUUUACCUUUAAAUAUACCUAGUUUUUUAUCCGGCUGCACCGGUGAUCCGCUGUUACUAGAUGCAGAGGCCCUUCAAGUGAAAGGUUCCUCUAUUCUGCCCAGAACAAUUUUACUUUGAAUGGCGGCAAAUAGAACUGUGACGGUAAUGGUGUGGUCCAUUUGAGGGGUUGUAUUGACUGCCAUUUUAGUAAUAUAUCAGCUUACACGUUCGUCCCAUCUCGCUCUCGCUAACAAAUCAGCUGGUCUUUCAUGAUGAAAAAAUUCAACAGGAAGGAUUUCAAACAGUGUGAACUAAAGCCAGUCGAAAAAGAAUUGUCGAAACCUUUGCCAGGAGUCCCCAUUCAUUUUAACUAUGGCGUGUUUUUUGAUGACGGUUACGACUACAUGCAACAUCUCAAAUCUGCUGAUACCAAAGAAGCUUAUGUUAUAUCUGUAAUACCUGAAGAUUGCGCCAGCAAUGCUUCCAGUCAUUCUGACUCAUCUAGAAUACGUGAACCUGAAGUUGAUUACGAUGAGCACAUUAUUAGUGACCUUAAUAUGGAUUCAGAAGCCGAGUCUUUCGACACGGAAAGUGAAUUAGAGGAUAACUUUGUAGAACUUGCAGGUGGCCACAGUGUAAAAUCCUCCGAAAUCGAUAGUGAUAACGCCAAAGAGCCUGGGGACACCAAUUCAUUGAAUGCAAAGGCAACGGAAACAGAUAUUUCAAGGGUUUCUAAAGAUAAAGUUGCACUCAUGGAACGUUUUCUUUACGGUGCCAACGAAAAUUCAGAAGACAUCACAACUUCGAGCUCCGGUCAGUUUACCAAGGAUUACGGAAUCGAUGACUACUCAGAUGACUCAACCUCCUUGAAUAAAGAGUUUGAAAAGUUAAUGUUACGAUUCAAAUCUCGGUCAAGUUGUAGUCAGUCUUUAGUCUCUGGAACAUCGGUGAUGAGCGAAGGCUUGAAAUAUGCUCUUGGUCGUGACAUAGCGAUCGCUAAAAAGGACGUAAAACAAGACCGUACGGAUUUUGAUGAUGAUCUAAAAGCCAUAACAAUUAAAAAAAGCUUCGAAUUAAAUGGAGUGGAUCAACAAGAAGACAGUGGAAGCGAUUCCACAUAUGACGGAGAAAACCUUGAACGAAUGACCAUGUCAUGUUCUAAUAGUAAUUCAAACUUGUAUGUUAUGAAGCAAAACCACCUAACAAUGCCCAGCUUCAGUAAGACGAAAAAGAAGUCAUCCACAAAGGGAGGUUCUCAAAACAACGAUGGCAUUAUUGAAUUUUCAAAACCACUAGACCCUGGGUUACUAGUGAGAGAAAAGGGAGAGUCUAUGGAACAAAAGCGCUUACGUAAAGCCGCUAUCAAGGAACACCGCCAACUGCGACGAAAGAUACGUAAGAUCAACCAGUUAAACUUCCGUCAGGAGAAAGAAAGACAAAUGAAAAACAACAUGCAAACAAUGAUAGUCCACUAGCUAAAGUUACUGUGAUAUUUGAUUGUACAGAAUAAAUCACUAAAAUCACCAUAAAUUUUUAUUUAAAUAUAGUUGCAUAAACCGCAGUCGUGGCUACUCUAUGUAUUUUAAAAUCUGGAAGCGCAAAUCCUCAGCUGCUGUGUCUGUUUAACUCUACAUUUCUGGGAUACUCAAUGACAAAUAAACCUAAUUUUAAUUCAAUUACAGUAGAGGCUGCUCGUAGAUUUAUUUAUUUUAACACAUAAAU